GUCAGACCCAGCUGUGUUGUUGUUCUUUCUUUUCUGUGAAAGCAGUAUUAUAACUAGUUUCAGCAAUGUCAAGAAACCUUCUUAAAAAUCCUUGUGGGGAAGAGGAGACGGAUUUCUGGGAGCUGACAGAAAAUGGAGGAAAAGAGUGGCAUGUGGAGGAGAUGCCAGGAGACUGUGGACACUCUUUCCCUGAUGACAUUGUGUCCAAAUACUUCACCACCUCUUUUGAGUUGUGCCUUAAAAGACAGGUGGUUGACCUGCUGUCUGAAGGCUACUCUCCUUCAGACUUGGACUCACAACCAGCUGUCACAGUGGAGGACUGGUACUGUGGACGAACAGACUGUGGAUGUGUUUACCAAUUGACCGUGUGUCUUCUGGAUGAGAAUCAGGAGGUGAUGCAGGAAUUUAAGCCAGAUCAUGUAAAGCUUGACCCGGACACUGAUGACUGCUCUUGGAGACAGGUGAGCCAUACCUUUACAGAUUAUGGCCCCGGCCUACGCUACAUUUCCUUUGAGCAUGGCGGUCAAGACACUAAGUAUUGGGAUGGGUGGUUUGGAGUGAGAGUGACGGGGAGCUCAGUUACUGUGGAUCUUUAAAAACGGAAGAAAAAGAAGCAGAAGAAGAAGAGACAGGUGAUAAUGGAGAGAUACUAACACUGUUAAGAGAGAUACUGGAGGGACCAAGUUGUCUGUGAGCUUAUUGUGACAGCAAGAACAAAUAGAACAAAUUAAACAUAGGGCAAAUUCAAUAGUAUUGAUAAAUAUUUAGCUAUAGCUUUGUGCAGGCAAUGCAAAAUAUAAAAAAAAGAAAAGAAAAGAAGAAGAUAUAAAAGCUGAGAGGAUUUAGUAUUAUAAAAAAUGGAAAGAAUGAGGAAGAUAUCUAUGAAUUACACAGCAGUAGCUUCUAAGAGAGGGGUCCUGUUGUAAUCCUGUAUGCAUCUACCUCUUCGCAAGUACUUCCUAAUUAACUGUAAUCAUCCUACUUUUAUGUUCAUUAAUGCACUUUAACUAACUAAUGCACUUUCCAUAGUUAUUAACUAGAACUAAACUAAUCUAUAAAUGAAGUGUGGACACUGUACAGCUUUCUGUCAACCUAGUGUAUCUGACUCCAAAAAUGCAGAACAAAUACCACAUGCUUGUCAUUUGAAGCAGAAAAAA